AUAUAAGGGAAGUAACUCUCCUUCCCGCUAAAACAUGUCGUCCUGCGACUUUCCCGCUUCGUCUGCGAUUCAUUCGGCUGUUAAAGAAUUUCUCUCUGCACGACAAUUGGCUGCCACCAGCGACGUGUCUGGAAUUUCUCUGCAAACUCAAAGAUCUCAUUUCGAAACCACUUUACAAAGAAUUCUUCAUUAUAAAAACAAUUCCAGUUCUUGUGAAGCGGUGUCAAGCGGGAAAUCCAAGACUAGCAAACCAUGUAAGUCAAAUUCUGAUUUUCCUUGGUUUUAUUUCCAACCAGUCUUUUUCUUGUGUUAUUGUCUUGCUCUUUGCACAGACAGACAAACGAUUGUUGAUAUUUGCCAUAGAUUUCGAACAGAGGAAUCAAUAAAUGAAUCUGAUUGGAAAAUCUGUUUUGCUUCUCCAGUUCUUGUUGGCUUUGAAGAAAAAUUGAAAAAUUCUCACCUUCUCUUACAAGAACUGGCUGUCGUUUUCAAAACGUUCAAUUCUUGUCUCCCUCUUACCGAAACUAAUUCUAGAUCUGAUGUUUCUCUCUCGCAGAACCCAUAUAAGCCACUUGUUACUUAUAUUAAGGCCCAUUCCCUUUAUACAAAGAAUAUGUUUGAAGCAGUCCUGCAACUUUUCCAGGAGGAAGACACGACCUACUACACUGACCUACAGUCCGUAUUAUUCCUCAAUCUCCAGGCCUGUUGUUAUUUCAAAUUGGGCAAUUGUUGGAGUGCCGUAGAAAGAUUUCAAGCAGCUUUAAAACUCGACUUUUCUUUUCUUGUUCCUUUAUACAACGUUGCCGUUGUCUAUCAACAACAGAAACACGUUCAGGCGGAAUUGGACACUUUGAAGCAUCUCACGUCUGCUUUAAAUUCUACAACUUCCAUUCAACACAACAUCGUUCAUUUGGGUGAAGACAAUCAACUGAAACUAAGUCGGUCUUUAGACAUGUACGGGGCACCCCUACGUCUACCUUAUAUCAUGUAUCUUACUUGCAGACGAUGUCUCCAAGAGAACCAUUUAGACGAAGCAUCUGAACAUUAUCUUGAUCUUUUAGGUUAUUUCAGAGAGAACCAUUUCCUUCAGCAGUCUGAGACAUAUAUGCUAUCCUGGCCUUUACCCAGCAUCACAGAAAUCCAUCUGGAAGCAGCGUUUUGUAUGUUAAAAUCCGGAAAAUACGACGAAUGUGUUAUCAUUUGCGACUGGUUGUUAUCUUGUGUGAAUGGUGACAAUUCUAAAGAAUAUCUUCACGCCAGUUCAAUGAUGUCUUCUCAAUUGAAUAGGUCUGAUGAAGAAGAAGACUAUUUUUUACUGAGAGGUUCCCAGUUCUCCAAAGAUCGGAACUGUUCUAUGACAAAUUUUGGUAAUUCUCCUGACCAGGACCAUAGCAAUGGCACUAACAAUUCUUUAUCUCAUCUUGCAACCACAUUACUUGCUUUACUGUACAAAGCUGAUUCCCUGGCCCAUAUUGACCAACUGGACAAUGCUUUACAAACUUUGCAACUUGCAACCCAAACUGUCCAAGAAAAUCCUCAUCUGUUAAGUAAAGUCUUACCUCUUCAGCAAACUUCAGAGAAAUGUCAAAAAGGAGAUAACAGCUCAGCCGUUCCAUUUUUAGGUGAUGCCACUGACGCCCUCACCCCAUUCCUCUCUGUUGUUCAAGCUGUCUACAACAACACUGCAGUCCUACUUCAGAGCAGGCACCAGUACCAAGAUGCUGUGCAUUGCUUCCGCCUGGGUCUUCAGAUUUCACCAAACAACCUUCUGCUUUCUUUCAACUGUGUCUUGACCCUGAUUCGCUUGAAACAGUUUGAGAGUGCAGCUGACCUGUGGACAGCAUAUCGUGAGAUGAAAGGUAGUAAAACAGCUUUGCAUAAACUAUUAAAAGCGAAAAGAACUCAGUUUGGAAGCUUCAAGGACCAAAAAGAGUCCCUGAAACCAUCAUCAAAAUACACAGACGAACCAUCUUUGUUUGUUGUUUUACAACUGGACAUUGCUAUUUUGGAGAAUGUUCUUAGAGCAAGAGACAAAGCACUUUAGAUGCCAGGUUGGAAAUAUUGUUUGUUCCAAUCCUUUGUGGAGAUUAAAAAUAACAUGAGCUGAGAUUUGGGGAGCAGAGUGAAAGGUAUUGCUUAAGGCUUCACUCAAAUUUCUGUGAUCUACCAUGGUUUUUCUGUUGAAAGACGAUCCCAGGUCAAAAGAAAGGACACCGUACUUCUAUGAUGGAUAAACUCUGGGAAAUGGUCCAGCUACCAAACUGGUUGUUUCAGUGCCUGACUUGUGUGUCCCCUGCCACCAUUGCUGCUGAACAGCAACAACAAAACCCGACAAGUAAAAUAAUGGUCAUCCAUAGAUAUAGGCUUAUCCUUUACGGGUGUUGGUACCACGUGAAAUGCAUUUGGGCUGUGUAAAUGAACCUAUGCUAGUGGCCUGUAAAAGGCACCCAGCACACUCUGUAAAGUGGUUGACUUUAGGAAGAGCACCCAGUCUUCCGCUGCCAUUGCUGCUGAACAGCAAAAGCCGACUACUUUGUCUCCCCAAACCAGCCCUGUUGAUAAAGAACAACAGCAAAAACUGAAGCCGCCCGUGUCUUCCUCCCCUGUCACUCUUCAACAGCAGCAACAAAAAUUGGCCAUUCAUGCUGAAGAACAUCAACAAAAACAGAAACUUAAGCCCCCUGUGUCUUCCUCCCCUAUUGCUCUUCGACAACAAAAAUUGCUCAUUCCAGCUGAAGUACAUCAGCAGGAACAAAAGCCUACCAUGCCCUCCUCUCCUGAUACUUCUCAACUAGAGCAGAAGUCGGCCAUCAGCACAGAAGUUGCAGAAAUUAGACGAAUGAUUUCUGCUUUGAGUCGUGAAAUUGCAGGAAUCAGAACCAGUGUCUGUGCAACAACUCACAGCGAAGGGUCGUACCGGAGUGCCUUGCUCAGCAACUUACCUGUGGCUUGUACGGAACCUCAACGCAUCGAGGGGGUUGCUGAACACUCAUGAAUUAAUAGCCAUCGGAGUGCCGGAAGAUGUGGUAGAUCUGCAGGCAUUCAUUGGAAACACAGCUAAGGAUCUCAGCUGUGUCCCUCCACAUUACACUCUAAAUGGGUUACCACUCUGGAACUAGGCUAUGCCUCUUACCAACGUAAAUUUUUUCCCUUUCAUCAUCUCAGGUUCAAUAAAAUAAAUACCAGCUAUCUACUGAGGUUCAUUCAUGGAUUUUGUUUUGGUCCUAAAUUCAUUCAUAGCUGAGAAACAAAACAUUUAUCUCCCUUCCCACACAGGCGUUUGGAGACAAGGGAGACAAAUCUGUCGUGCCUGUUCAGUCACGGUUUUCCGACGUUUAAAACGAAUGAAUUCAGGAAGUUUCGCAUCGAAUUAAUGCAGCGCUUCAUCGAAAAUAGGGGAGAAGACCUUACAUGUAGAAGCGUGCAUUUGACAAAAAUCAAAACCACGAGCUCUGUAUGUGAUCAACGACUUGCUAGAAGGAGCAAUCAAAUCUAUUUUAUUCUGAACUGUCAUAAAAUACAGAAGGAAGCAUUGGAUGGUAUGAUCGUAGAUAUAGUAACUAAAAAGCAGAUGAGAUGGUCAUGGCUGGAAUGACUUGAAUCAAGUCAUUUCUAUGAGAGCUGACCUAAGGCUUACAACAGAC